UCUAUCAAACUCCACAGUCCUGUUUCAGGCUUCAGCUGCAUAACGGUCCUCUCUCCUCGUGUUCUCUCUCGACCUGCAGACAGUCAGGAUGUACCAAAGCUACAGCAUGGUUGGUGGUCCAGCGGUUGUCACCAGAGCAACCCGUAGCUACACAUCAUCAAGUGCACCGAAGGCCCACAGUAUUUCAGGAUAUGUCAGGGGAGGCCCCCGCAUUUCUUCCAGUACCGUUCGCACUGUCUCCUCUGGGUAUGGAGGAGGCAUGGGGAUGGGGGGUGGAUUCGACCUGUCCAGCGCCCUGGACCAGAGCACCAUCUCCCUGAACGAGAAGGCCACCAUGCAGAACCUGAAUGACCGUCUGGCCUCCUACCUGGAGAAGGUCCGCUCUCUGGAGGCGGCCAAUGCCAAGCUGGAGAAGCAGAUCAGAGAGUACUACGAGCAGAAGGGCCCUGCAGCAGAGAGGGACUACAGCAACUACUGGGCCAUUAUCAAUGACCUGAAGGACAAGAUCGCUGCCGCCACCAUCGGCAAUGCCAACAUCCUCCUCCAGAUCGACAACUCCAAACUGGCUGCUGAUGACUUCAAGACCAAAUUUGAGCAUGAGCUGAUGAUGCGCCAGUCAGUUGAGGCUGACAUUGCCAACCUGCGCCGCCUGCUCGACCAGACCACCCUGACAAAGGCUGACCUGGAGAUGCAGAUUGAAGGCCUGCAGGAUGAACUGGCUUACCUCAAGAAGAAUCACGCAGAGGAGUUGGCAGCGCUGCGUUCUCAGCUUACCGGCACAGUCAAUGUGGAGGUGGACGCUGCACCUCAGCAAGACCUCAACAAAGUCCUGGAAGAGAUCCGCAGUCAGUAUGAAGCUAUCACAGACAAACAUCGUCGUGACCAGGAGGCUUGGUUUAAUGACAAGUCGGCAGUCCUGAGCAAGGAGGUGGCCAUCACCACAGAGUCAGUACAGACAUCCAAGACAGAGAUUGGCGACCUAAGGCGCACGUUGCAGGGUCUGGAAAUUGAACUGCAGUCUCAGCUCAGCAUGAAAGGGGCACUGGAAAACACGUUGGCGGAAACAGAGGCUCGUUACAGCACCAUGCUCGCAAGUUACCAAGACACAAUCAACAUGCUUGAAGCAGAGCUAGCCAACGUACGCGCCAGCAUCGAGCAGCAGGGCCAGGACUACAAGAUGCUGCUGGACAUCAAGACCAGGCUGGAGCAGGAGAUCGCAACCUACAGGAGCCUCCUGGAAUCAGAGGAGUCCAGGCCCAUUGCUACAGGGGGAACUAAGACCACAGUUACCACCACCACGGUGCGUACUUCCAGCUAAGACGUCCAACUGGCAGGACAGGCUGUCCUCAGACACACACACACACACAGACACACACACUAAUAAAAGCUGUUACAUGAGAUGAGUGAGACUCAAAAUGCCAAAGAAAUGUUCAGAGCAAAGCCUUUGUCAACGGUUUUAAAGCAACAGUUUCAUUAUCAGAAGAAAUGUCCAACUAUCAGUGUGUUUUGUGUGUGACCUGUCUGAAAAAUAAAUCUGCUGGUGAACACUA